GAGCCAAGAGGUUUCUGCUAAGUGUUUUGGGAUUUGCCGUGACGCGUGGUUGUUAUCAGAUGUUUGGGUUCCUUCCCGUAAACAAAAGUGUGUCCCGAAAAGGCGACGACGAGUCCGUGGACAAUCUUUUUAUGAUAAGGUUGAGUUGACGACACUCGCUGGUUGUGUCGCCCUACGCGCCAUGGAUGAAGAGGAGCAGUUUGUAAACAUUGAUCUGAAUGAUGACAAUAUCUGCAGUGUCUGCAAAUUGGAGACAGACACAGGGACUUUAUCUUUCUGCCACAUUUGCUUUGAACUCAGCAUUGAAGGUGUUUCUGCUACCACCUUAUUACAUUCAAAGUCUCUCCGCGGCCACAGAGACUGCUUUGAAAAAUAUCACCUCAUCGCCAACCAGAAGCUGUCACACUCCAAGGUCCCCCGAAGUGCCUACGAGGGCAUGAAAGUGGCCCUCGGCCAAAAACUGAAUCGUAUCAUCCAGUACGCCCAGAACAAAGACAGUGCCUCUUCCAACAACAGUCUCAGCAGAUGCGGGUCCAGGCUUCUCUGUUACAGCCAGCCCAGCGAGCGCAAGCUGCUGCCUCAGUCGGAAGCCCAGGUGCCUCGCUACGCCCCCCGCUGGGAACCGGUGGAAGCACCGCAGCUGCCCGACUACACAGCCCAGGAAUUGAGGAUGCUGCAGAACUCGCAAGGGGACCUUUGGUCCAGCGAUGGCAGGAGAGCUCUUCACAUUCGGGAGUCCUCGUCAGCGGGAGGGCAGACCCAGAGCAAGCAUCGGGGCCACAGCAGAGAUGAAUUGACUGAAAAGAGUGUGGAUGAGCUCCAUCACUUAAACACCCAGCUUCUUAUGAAGAUUCAAAAGGUCUUCGAGGAGCUGACUGCGGCCGUAAAGGAGAAGGACUCGCUGGCGUCCGAGCUGCACGUUCGUCACGUGGCCAUUGAGCAGCUCUUCAAGAACUGUGCCAAAUUGCCCUGGCUCCACAUUAGCAGGGCUGGCAUCAAGACCAGCAGCAGCACCACCGGUAUCGGAGGCCCUGUAGAGUGAUGAUGAGUGCGGCCGUGUCUUUGGGACACUGGUGAAAGACGGUGGUUGCUGCAAUAAGACUGAGAACAAAAUGCCCUGAUUGGGGUUAGAUAGCACUGUGCUCAGUAUUAAGGGCUUGCUUGCCUUGUGACAAAUGGCUGAAUUUUGCCCCAAUUACUAAAAGUCCAAGUCACUGGAUUUCAUUUCAUUUUAUGUGGAUAUAUUUCACUUUUUUUUUUAAUUGUCUCUGAUCACCUUCAGCAUUUUAAAAGUUGACUUGCUUGAUUUUCUGUUGCAACAAUAGCAUCCAUGUUUGCAAGCUGCUUCCUGGCAUUUCAACUGCUUUUUGUGCUUUUUUUUGGUAUCGUAACCUUUCUAUACAGUAGAUACCAUAAAAAAAAAAAGAGUGAACGCUGAUCGUUACAUAAUUGUAUCACAAAGGACCUUACAUUAUUGCAAUAUGACAUACAAGCCUGAAAAGAGCACAAGUCUGUAGAAAACAACCAAAGGGAGAACUGAUAAACUAAGGCUUUAUAAUUAUUGAUCUGUAUAGCUUAUAUGCCCACUUGGGUACCCCCCCUCCAAAAAAUGCUUCUUUUCUUCAUUAAUUCAUUCAAGCUUCCUCUGAAAAAGUAUUGCUGUCGUGUACACGCAUGCAUGAGAAAAUGUUAAUCGAGUUUAUUGUCAAACCAAAGUUGCUUCAAAUUCUGUGCUUCAAACACCACAACUGGGAUUUACUUGUACUGUGAUGUUUAGAAUCAAUUCCACAGCAUAUUUACUUUUUACCAAGUGAGAACGAUGUAAUUCUUUCUGUUUUCAUCCACGUGAAGUUUUAUGAAUGUGCGAUGGACUCGAUACAAUGUUUUAUAAAUGUACAAUGUUUUAGUUCAUGAGAUGAGAAAUCUAUGCAAAAAAGAAGCAGAUCAUUUAGAAGCCUUAUCCAAACAAUUAUUUGUCUUCUGACGACGACUCUUAGCUCCAGAAUCGCAUUCACGGUUAAAAAGAAUUUCAAGUUGUUACUGUAUUGCUUUCAUUCUCUCUUUAUAAGAGAGUACGUUAAUUUGACCCUUUUUGGGGUUUAGUUCUUCUUGAAACAUAUAUUUUUUUAGCUUUUAAUGUGUGUCUUAAAGUUGUGGGAUUCUAAUGUUUUGAAUACGGAUGCUGUGUAUUUUUGUACCUUGUGGGAAAAUGGCGGUGCUCAUUUUGUUCAGCAGAGUUUCUUGACUGCAGACUCAAGUCUGUUACUUUUUUGCUUUUUAUUUUGAACAAGGCCACAUUUGUGUUUCUGUGAUCUUUUAUUUUCUAUUUAUUUUGUGUUAUAGUGGACUUUACGCGGGUUGUGUAAUGUAUGCUUUUUCAUUUUCAAUAAACUGACCAUUUUUGCUA